AUGUUUCCCAACACUGUCGACAAGCACCCAGGCAAUCCUAUCCCGACCAACCUACAUCAGCGAAUGGGCGACCCCGCCCCCCUCGGCAUGUGUGAGUUUGCCACGACACUACUCACGCUCUCCCUAGCGAUGAUGCGAUUCCGGGGUGUAUCUGUGCAAGACGUCUUUAUAGGAAACUUCUGUUUUUGGGAGCUUGUUCGCGGAAACACCUUUUCCUAUACGGUGUUCAGUGCAUUUGGACUCUUCUACGGCGGAUACGGUGCCAUCCUGCUACCCAGUCUAGGUAUUGCAGAAGCCUACGGUGGUAAAACAUCCGAGUACUACAAUGCCUUGGGGUUCUUUAUAUGGAUCUGGACCGUCUGCAAUACGUUUUUCGUCAUCGCCAGUCUCGCAAUCAACGUCGUGUACUUUGCAAUAUUCGUCGCCAUCGAGAUCUGCUUCGGGCUGACCGCAGCGGCCAACUUCAUUCAGGCAGACGGAGACGAAGAGUUGAGCGUGAAGGUCAUGCAAGUAGCGGGGGCAUUUGGUUUUGUGGCCGGAUGUCUGGGCUUUUAUGCCGUCGCGCAUGGGCUUUGUCAGGAGACUAUGCGGGUGAGGGUUCCGAUGGGGGGUACGUCGACGUUCUUUAAGAAGCUGUAA